CUUCCCCCAAAGUUACGAUUUUCAUCGUCCACCAGCACACCGAGGGAACUGUUACCGCCGCGCGAACAAGGCCCUUCUGUUUCUGGUGAAGGAGCAAAAGAUCAGCAAAGAAGUCGCGGUGCUUCAUCGGCACUACACACGAAGGCGGAACAAGCUCCACUGGGAUUUUUGCCUGGCCAGAAAACAGCAACUGUAGAGGCUCCUGUAGAUGACGCACCAGAACUACUGGAGCACAAGAACGGCAGAG